CGCUGCACGAUGUGGAAAUUAGUAUCGUUAUCAUUGCUUUUAGUGUUGCCGAUUGUGAGACCUGAUCUGACAAUCCCAAGUACUAUCCCAGGAGUAUCUAGUGGAAGUCUGGACAUUUCCGGUAACAUCGUGUCCAAUGUAAAUCGUAUCCAGGAUAUUCUCAAUCGGUUUCAAUCGAUCGUACAAAGUUUGUACUAUAUUCAGACCCCGGAACUUGGUCAAGCCGCUGAGUUAUGUUAUGGAUCCGUUAUGCUUUCCGUUAUGUUAUGGAUAGUUUGGUUGAAGUUGGAAACCCUGUAUUCCAGUCAUUGUCAACGGUCGCCAAGAUAUCUUCGGGAAAUAUAACACGAGCCAUCAAAGGAAUCAAGGAUGAUGUUAAUAUUGCUGUAGAGUUAAAUGCUGAACACAUCCGAUUAGUGAAUAUGACGAUGCAAAUUUUAGGAGUUAACUCAACUCUUUAUUUUGGUGGAAUCUUGAACAGCCUGGCUUCGAAUCUGAGAAAUAUGACAGAAAUAUUGAACAAUAUUGAAGUUGCGAUAAACGAAAUUAAAAGUCAGAACUCGCAGUCUCAAGAGGCUGUUAGGGCUCUAUUGCCAAAUAACGACAUCAAAGCAUUGAACGCAGUUCUUCGGCAAUAUAUUUUGACUGGAGAUGCAGCAAUCCCUCAAAUCAGGUCUAUAGUAAGUCGAGUCCAAUCAGUUGAUAAUUUCCAAGAUCGAAUUUCCAGUACAAUUAAUCAACAACGUCAAUACUUGAGCUCAACGUUGGCACGUAUAAUUCCUUAUUUGCAAUCGAAUGUGAUUAGUCGUUUCCGAAGUAGUCUAACGGGGUUGCAGACACAAGUAGUUAGCAGAAGUUCUAGGGCAGCAGUAACCCUUUCCAACUUGGUUAUUCUGCAACCGAAUGUAUUAGGGGCAUCAGCAAACCAAACCAUCCCAGUUAUCCAGUCACUGGCUCAGAAAGUAUCCAACGAUGCGAACAUCCUACUGCAGCAAGUAUCACGGCUCACAGUGAAUGAAGCUAUGCCUUAUGUGCUGAUGAACGAAACUGAAUGGUUAUUGGAGGAGGCUAGCCGUAAUUUGACCAUGUCAAUAACACAACGGCUUCCUUUCGCGGACACUUGCUAUUCUCGGUACAACAGCGACUUUGAUCGGAUACCUCGCAAUGCCUAUAGCCAGGCAUACACGUGUGUUUGGGAUACUGCUUCGGAUCUUACUACCACUGCGCUUAAUAUGAACUAUGUGGUUCAAUUAGCUCUUGUUGAUUUGAACAAUGGACUACAAGCAGUGGAACGCUGUACGAAUAUGGUUUCACGAACCUCUCCGGAGAUGACAGUAUACCAGGCUGCCUCUUGUCUGAAUGACGCGCGAUCGUACCUCCAAAAGAGAGAAGUUUAUGCUCAACAAAUGGCGAAUUAUCAGAUUUUACUUCGAAAUGAAAUUUCGUACAGUGCCCAGCGUUACAACUUCUGUAUGGUGACAACGUUGAGACAGGUUAUGACUCAGGUUUCUUACUUGAAGGCAUCGGUCGACAAGUGUUUGAAUGUUGGCGCUGUCGUUUCACCUUACUGGUGGUCGGGAUCUGUGAGUAUUGGUUUCGGAUCAAAUGGUUCGAGAGGAGCAAAUGCAGGAAAAACUAAGGGAGGAAAGGGUGGAACGAAAGCUGGUGGAAAAGGAAGUAAGGCAGGACGCGGUGGAAAUAAAGGGAAAGGAGGAAGUAGCGGAAAAGGAGGAAAAAGUGGCGGGAAAAGCGGCAGAGGGGGAAGUGGUAGAGGGGGAAGUGGUAGAAAAGGAUAAUAGUGAUGGUGGAAAGGUUUAGUGGCAACCGAUAAGAGAACAGGAAACUGGUUAAGGAAUAAUACUUAUGUUUCUAAUUCGAUUUAUGUAUAACAAAUGCACUUCAAUUGAUAUAACAUCCACGGGUUAUUAUAGUUGUCUCCGAGUUGAAAUAUUUCCUGCUUCAAAGGUCUACAGCAUGUUCAAAAUAAAAUAA